UCAGCGAUCGCGGCUCUCAGCUGGGCCACAGCGCAGGCGAUCCUGCGUAUCCGGGGCUGCGCUCCCAGGCAGCAGGGGUGUCAGUGUGUCAGGGGAGGAGGAGGAGGAGGAAAAGGUGGCGGCAAGGUCUGGGUACGAGGCUCCGGCGCUCCCUGCAGCCCAGCUCCCGGCCCAGGCUUUCUCCGCCGCACUGAUAAAAGGCCGGCCCGACCCGCCGCCGCGCCCCGGAGCUGCAAGCUGGGCUGGCGCAGACUGGCCGGGAGCGCAGGCACCCAGGGCUCCCCAUGAGCGCACGUGGGCCCGGCUGAGAUCGCGCCAUGGGGCAGGCGGGCUGCGGGGGGCUCUGCCUGUCGCUGUUUGACUACAAGACCGAGAAGUAUGUCAUCGCCAAGAACAAGAAGGUGGGGCUGCUGUACCGGCUGCUGCAGGCCUCCAUCCUGGCGUACCUGGUCGUAUGGGUAUUCCUGAUAAAGAAGGGUUACCAAGACGUGGACGCCUCCCUGCAGAGCGCUGUCAUCACCAAAGUCAAGGGUGUGGCCUUCACCAACACCUCGGAUCUUGGGGAGCGGCUCUGGGACGUCGCUGACUAUGUCAUCCCACCCCAGGGAGAGAACGUCUUUUUUGUGGUCACCAACCUGAUCGUGACCCCCAACCAGCGGCAGAACGUCUGUGCUGAGAAUGAAGACAUUCCUGAUGGCGCAUGCUCCGAGGACAGUGACUGCCACCCAGGAGAGGCGGUUACAGCUGGAAACGGAGUGAAGACGGGCCGCUGCCUGUGGAGAGAGAACUCGACCAGGGGCACCUGUGAAAUCUUUGCCUGGUGCCCGUUGGAGACGCGCUCCAGGCCGGCGGAGCCAUUCCUGAAGGAGGCCGAAGACUUCACCAUUUUCAUAAAGAACUACAUUCGUUUCCCCAAAUUCAACUUCUCCAAGAGCAAUGUGAUCGAUGCCAAGGACAGAGCGUCCCUGAAAUCCUGCCGCUUUGGACCCAAGAACCACUACUGCCCCAUCUUCCGCAUGGGCUCUGUGAUCCGCUGGGCGGGGAGCGACUUCCAGGAUAUAGCCCUGGAGGGUGGUGUGAUAGGAAUUAAUAUUGAAUGGAACUGUGAUCUUGAUAAAGCCGCCUCUGAGUGCCACCCUCACUAUUCUUUUAGCCGUCUGGACAAUAAGCUUUCAAAGUCUGUCUCCUCCGGGUACAACUUCAGAUUUGCCAAAUAUUACCGAGAUGCAGCCGGGGUGGAGUUCCGCACCCUGAUCAAAGCCUACGGGAUCCGCUUUGACGUGAUGGUGAACGGCAAGGCAGGGAAGUUCAGCAUCAUCCCCACUGUCAUCAACCUUGGCUCUGGGGUGGCGCUCAUGGGUGCUGGGGCUUUCUUCUGCGACCUGGUACUCAUCUACCUCAUCAAAAAGAGAGAGUUUUACCGCGACAAGAAGUACGAGGAAGUGAGGGGCCUAGAAGACAGUUCCCAGGAGGCCGAGGACGAGGCAUCGGGGCUGGGGCUGUCUGAGCAGCUCACAUCUGGGCCAGGGCUGCUGGGGAUGCCGGAGCAGCAGGGGCCGCAGGAGCCACUCGAGGCAGAGCGUGGGAGCAGCGGUCAGAAGGGGAAUGGCUCCGUGUGCCCGCAGAUCCUGCAGCCCAGCAGGUCUGGCCCCCUUCGGAAGACACAGGCGGAUCAGGAGCAGCGGCAGACCCCGCAGGUGGUGGAGACGUAGCCAGGGCUGUCGGCCACCAUCAGUGUCGCCGGAGACGUUGGGGCCAGAACCAGCCGCAGCUGUGAACUGGGAAGAGGAGUCCAGGCCCUCUCUCCUGCACUCUGGGUUCUUGCUGCAAGCUUUCGUUGUGUGAGGAGGGGAGCCUCCCGACGGCCAGAGGGACUCAGAGCUGGAAGAAGUCCCUGGAGCAGGUGUCCAGGGAAAGGGGCAGGCCAGGGCCUGAGUGGAACUAGUGUUUUAAUCUUCUCUGAACAACCUGGCUGCACCUUCGCUCAUUCACGAGUGCAAUAAACACGUGUCCAUGCAUGCUGUGUGCUGGGCCCCAUCCAAGAGGUGCUUAAACGAGUGGCUGACUUGCCCUCAGGGAGGGCCUGCGUGUGCUUCCUCCAGAGCCAACCGAGGCGUCACAGCCAGGCGCGGCCACUUCUGCUGGCCUUCCUAGCCUCUAGCAGAGUUUCAGAAAUCCCUGCAGAGAAUGAUGGUGGCUGAGAGAAAGCUGUUAGCACCCAGCGGGACAUUUGGCCUUGUCCAAGGAUAAAUUUAAAGGUGGCCACGGAGGCAAGCGGGAGAGGACUGGACCAGUCGGGAGGCAGGGGGCAGCUGGCUCUUAGGAGGAGAAGCCAGCUCCAGGGGAGUCUAGGAGCACGUGAAAUGCCUGUGCUUAUGGUCAGGCCUAUCCUAAACCCAGCCAACUAGCACUGAGUUGCCCAUGCCUUUGGGAAUGCCGUGAGCUGCCCAACAGGAAAUUUGUACAUCGGGUGCUAUCAAUGUCACACCACAGGGACCAGCCAUGAAAGAGCAAAGUGACCUCCACGUCCGAUGCUGGGGCCACCAGGACUGACCCAUCAUGGCUGUCUUUCUGCCCCGCACCACCCCAGCCCCAGCUUCAGUUCUUCUUCCAUUCUCCGUGGCUGGCUUCCUGCACUGGGGAAUGGGCUGUAAGUGGGGAACAUCGUUCCAGCGCCCUUGAGCACCUCA